CCUCUGAAGCUUCCGCCAUAGCCACAGCCGUCUUGGAGCGGUGUGGAUGAUCAGAGGAUGAGCUGCAACGGGUGCCGGGUCCUCCGCAAGGGCUGCAGCGACGGUUGCAUGCUCCGGCAGUGCCUCCAGCUCAUCGACUCCCCGCAGGCCCAGUCCCACGCCACCCUGUUCGUCGCCAAGUUCUUCGGCCGCGCCGCCCUCAUGUCCUUCGUCUCCGCCGCCCCCGCCGCCCACCGCCCCGCUCUGUUUCAGUCGCUGCUGUUCGAAGCCGUGGGGAGGACGAUAAACCCCGUGGGAGGGGCGGUGGGCCUGAUGUGGACCGGCAACUGGCCGCUCUGCCAGUCGGCGGUCGACGCGGUGCUCUGCGGCGGCGCGCUGCACCCGCUCCCCGAGCCCGCGGGCGCCGUCCCCUCGCUCGAUCUCGACCGGAGCUCGGUGUCGGAGGUGGACCACUUCAUGCCUCCUCCGAGCCCCCCGCCGCCACCGCCGCCGCCCCUAGACGACGCGCCAGCCAAGGUCGAGGAGAACCGGCUCGGCCUGUCCUUGACGUCGCCCGCCUCGCUGCGGCGGCGGCCGGCGACCCCGCCGGAGGAGGAGGAGGAGGAGGAGGAGUCGGGGACGACGACGGCGGCGACGUGGCGGAGCGGGUCGUCGGAGGGCGGGUGCCGGAGGCGGGAGGCGAAGCUCUUGAGACUGUUCGCGUGAGCGGAGCGGUCGCCGGCUACCGGAACAGCCGGUGGAUUUUGGAGACUACUCACCCACUGAGGAAGCGGCUUUUUUGUUUUUCCUUUGUUUUUUCGAGUUUUUUUUUUCUGUGAAGCAUUUAUAUCCGUCCGAUCCGAUCUAACCAGAGGAUGAGACGGUAUCCGACGGUCCGUAUUGGCCAUGACGUGAGAAUAUAAACAUUUAAUGCAAUUAAUUCGGGAAAUUUUUUUUUUUGGGGGGAAAUAUUGCGCAUGAGAUUUCUGCUCUGUUCCAAGAAAUGAGAAUUUCGAUGAAUUAUCUUCUUCUCGAA